AUGGGUGUUCUGGGACUUGCUCGGGUUGUCAGGGCGGCGUUCAUCCCAAGUGCGAUAAACUUUGCCAUCGUUCAUACAGCACUUGUAACCAUCGCUGCGGCCAAAAAUGUCAUGACGGAGAGGCCUGUGGAAGUUGCAAACAGCCAUGUGAGGUUCAAUGUCCUCACUCUACAUGUAGCUCACUCUGUAACAAGGCAUGCGCCCCAUGCAUCGAGCCUUGCACAUGGUCAUGUUCUCACCAAGGUUCUUGUACUCUGCCCUGCUCUGCUCCUUGCAACAGACUUCCCUGCAACGAACGAUGCGACAAGAAGCUGCGCUGUGGUCACCAAUGCCCAAGCUUUUGCGGAGAAUAGAUCAAAGAAGAAUGCUCGUGUUGAUCCCCUGGAGUUUCGCAAAUAUUCAGAGAUUGAUCUGGAUGAGACUCCCAUCGUUGUUCUCGGAUGUGGUCAUUUCUUCACAAGUGAGACGCUGGACGGUCUUGUUGGUCUUGGGGAGGUUUAUCACACGGACAAGGUUGGCAACUUUACCGGCCUGAAGAAUAUCGCUGGUUCACUUGCGCAAAAGACGCCUUGUUGUCCUGACUGCAAGAGAUCCAUUCGGCAAUUUGCGACACGACGAUACAACAGAGUCAUCAACCGAGCAGUCAUGGAUGAAAUCUGCAAGCGCUUCCUCAUCAAGGGCCAAGCUGCCUUGGACAAGCUCAACCACAAGUUGUCCAAGGCUGAAACUACACUUGCGGCAUCUCGUCGGUCUACGUCUCUGGGCCCUCACCAUACAGCUACCACGUUCUUCAGAGAGCGACACACCACUAUAAAGGGUCUCGAAAAUGCGGCAGUGAAGCUUCAAGAGCUCAUGAGUGAGGAGAAUCAGCCAGCCAAGAAGCUGAUUAACGCGAUUGCAACAUCUCAACCCACGACUGCUGAUGGCUUUUCUUCUAUCUCGCGAUUGAUGGAGGCUCUCAAACUCUCUCACUCUGCGCCUGACGAACAGUUGCUCCUCGGUGCACGUCUGGUAGUAUUGGAAGCCCAGCAGAUACAACUGAUGGACGCGUUUAUGGUUUCCAAGUCAAAGGGCAAGAAACUGCAUGAAAACGCUCUUGAUCUGCCUUCCACGGAUAAGUGGUUCAAGACUUGUAUGGAGUUGAUCGUAGAGGCAAAGGUUGCGAAACUUCCUCGGAUCAUCAUCGCAGGCACACUCGCGUUUGCAAAGAUUGCAAGAGCAGAGGUUUGGACUGCCAAGCCAUCCAGCUCGACCGAGUCCGGGCACAUCGUGGCGGCUCGGGAACUUCUCCCAAUCGCUCUGGACUUUUGUUACAAAUUGGGUGGCGACAACAGUGUUCUCAAACAGAGAAUUGAAGACAUGAUUGAACUCUAUAAGCCCAGACGCGAACAAGUCACGCCUGAAGAAUUGGCGUCUAUUCGAUCAGCCAUGGUAACUGGACCUCACGGCAUGGCGACACACUCGGGGCAUUGGUACAAUUGCGUCAACGGCCAUCCUUUUGCGAUUGGAGAAUGCGGUAUGCCGAUGGAAAUGGCGCAAUGUCCUGAAUGCGGUGCAGCAAUUGGUGGUGUUUCGCAUCGAGCUGUUGAAGGAGUGUACAGAGCUGAGGAGAUGGAGACUCCUGCGGAUGAAGUACGACGUGAGGAAGGACCUGUCGGUGGACAGGGAGGAGAAGGCUGUGUUGUGAGCUGA